AUAGAGGCUCAUAGAGACUCACAAGUCACCAGCACAACCGUCGCGGCAGCACGUCUCCAAUGCCACCCACGAUCGAGGCUCGUGCUAGGAUGGAAUAGCAUCGAAAGAUGACCUUCCCCAUAUUCGAAGGGGCCCUGUUGAUCCACUCAUUGUCCUCAAAAUAGACUUUCUCCCACCAGUCCAGUCGGCGUAGAUAGAAAUGGGCCAUUUCCAAUAGCCGUCCACCACGGCCAAUUAGUCUCACACAAUUGACCGGCCAGUUUCCCCGUAUUUUCCCCACGCCCGACGUGGGAGCUGGUGGAUCAUCCCCGUCGAUUUCCCUUUGCGUGCUGACGACCGGUAAACCGCGCACUGCCGUCAUUCCUGGCCAGGCUGGAGUAGAGUCGGGUUGUGCCCCGCAACACCGGAAUCGGUCUUUGGUGACACCAGCAUCCAAUCAUGGUGCUUCCGUUGGUGCAAGUCGACCGCGUCGAGGAGGGGAGGGGAGGGGGAGCGAGAAACCUGGCCAGGGCCACGCAAAUGAAGAGCGAGCUGAGGGUGGUAUAAAUAUGACCAGUGGGCACCCCAGAUUCUAAUGGUGGGACAGAAACGGAAAUUCCCUCCUCAAAAGAGGUGAAAGCCGCCGAGUACUUCCCUUUUCAUCAGUUCUUUUUCAGUCCAAUCUUAUAGAUCUUGUGGAUCGUGAGAAUGGCAGACAUGGCAGUAGACAAGGCUGAUCUCGAUCCCGUGGAGGGCUUCACGCAUCACGCGGAGGACAUCACAGCAGACCGGGAGCCGUAUGGCCCCCCGGGACUGCGUGGGCUGAUCAGCAACCCAUUCGUGUUGAUGUGUGCUGCCUGCUCGACUCUGGGUGGUCUUGUCUUUGGCUAUGACCAGGGUGUAGUGUCGGUCAUUCUGGUGAUGGACCAGUUCUUGGAGGAAUUCCCGCGGGUCGGGGGCUCCGGUGCUGGCUUCUGGAAGGGACUGUUGACCGCGAUGAUUGAGUUGGGUGCACUGUUGGGUGCUUUGAAUCAAGGAUGGAUCGCAGACAAGAUCUCCCGUCGCUAUUCCAUCGUGGUGGCUGUUGUUAUCUUUACAAUUGGCUCGAUUCUCCAGACUGCCGCGUUCGGAUACCCGAUGCUGGUGGUGGCUCGUUUAAUCGGAGGGUUGGGAAUUGGUAUGCUGUCCAUGGUCGCUCCCCUCUAUAUCAGUGAAAUCAGUCCCCCGGAAUGUCGUGGAACAUUGCUUGUUCUCGAAGAAUUCUGUAUUGUGCUUGGCAUCGUGAUUGCCUACUGGAUCACCUUUGGAACACGGUACAUGGCCGGCGAAUGGUCCUGGCGUCUACCCUUCCUCUUACAGAUGCUUCCCGGCUUCAUCCUGGCAGCCGGUGUUGUCAUCCUCCCCUUCUCGCCUCGAUGGCUCGCCUCAAAAGGUCGCAACGAGGAGGCACUCCAAAGCCUUGCCAAACUGCGUAACCUGCCAACCUCCGACAGGCGCGUGCGCCAAGAGUACAUGGACAUCCUAGUCGAGGUCCGAUUCCACCAAGAAAUGAAUGCGGAAAAGCAUCCAGACCUGCAGGGUGGCGGCACCAAGAACUCGAUCCUGCUGGAGAUGGCCUCUUGGGCUGAUGUCUUCAAAAAAGGUUGUUGGCGCCGUACGCAUAUCGGUGUCGGUAUCAUGUUCUUCCAGCAAUUUGUUGGUAUUAAUGCAUUGAUCUAUUACUCGCCCAGUUUGUUCAAGACUAUGGGUUUCGAUGUCAACAUGCAGCUUAUCAUGUCCGGCGUUCUGAACGUGCUGCAGUUGGUGGGUGUGACAACUAGUGUUUGGACUAUGGAUACUCUGGGUCGUCGGAAGCUGUUGCUCAUCGGUUCCGUUCUGAUGGCCAUUUCGCACAUUGUCAUUGCUAUUCUAGUCGGUCGAUUUGGCUCCAACUGGGAAGGACAUCAGACGGAAGGUUGGGUCAGCGCAGCUUUCUUACUCUUCUACAUGGUUGCUUUCGGAGCCACAUGGGGUCCCGUACCAUGGGCAGUGCCAUCCGAAAUCUUCCCUUCUUCCCUCCGAGCCAAGGGUGUCGCCAUUUCUACUUGUUCCAACUGGCUCAACAACUUUAUCAUUGGUCUCAUCACCCCACCUUUAGUCGAGGAUAUCGGCUACGGUGCCUACGUGUUCUUUGCUGUAUUUUGUGUACUCUCGGGCGUUUGGACCUUCUUCUUCAUGCCGGAGACUAUGGGUCGCACACUCGAGCAGAUGGAUCAUGUCUUCAAGGAUAACUCUAGCGAGCAUGAGCGGGAACGCAGACAUACCAUUGAAGCCAGUGUACUAGCUGAACGCGAAUAUGCUUAAAGGGGGCUCUACUAUGCGCUUGAUUAGCGGCAGAAUUCUUUUUU